AUGAGAGGAAUGGGUAAUACUACAAUUGCAAUAUACGGUGACAGUUUUGCUCAUCGUUCAUUUUAUUCGAUCGAAAAAGCCUUUUCGCGAAAUCGUUAUAAUGAAAUUCGUCUUAUAGCAUCUCGCGAAUGCUUACCAUUUAUAGAUUCGAACUUUGGCAAGAACUGCCUUACAUUCGUGAACGAUGCUAUUAAAAUGCUUACUUCAACACGACCCGAUGUUAUUUAUUUAAUUUUCAAAUCGCAUUCUCCAGUAACAAAUUAUUUAGACGAAUAUAACGUAUAUAACGAUGAAAUCCUUAAAAAUAUGCAGAAAACUAUUCAAAUUCUAUCGAAUGUUAGUCGACGAAUCAUAAUAUCUUAUGAUAUGAUAUGGGAUCCAAUUUAUCAGUAA